CAACUUUGUUUGAAAACAACGCCACAAGAUGUCUCCACUGAUUUUUUUGUGAUUUGCAAAACAAUAAAAUCAUCGUCCAAUAAAAAAGCAUUUUGCUACCCCAAAAUUACGUCAAAAUCCAUUUAAAGGCAAAAGAAAAUUUUUGUGUGUCCCCCGUACGUUUGGGAAGGUGCUAGAGUUUUCCGGAGGAUUGCCCAGGGCGUGCAAUGACAUCGCAGUUGCAGUGGCAGAGUGCGGAUGUUUAGCGGAAAAUUGAAAAAAUCAGCAAAAUGGCCGCGAGUAUGGCAGUUUCGAGAAUAAAACGCGAGUUCAAGGAAGUGAUAAAGAGCGAGGAAAUCGUACAAUGUAGCAUCAAAAUAGAAUUAAUAAAUGACAGCUGGACAGAACUGAAGGGGGAAAUUGCGGGGCCACCCGAUACCCCAUAUGAGGGUGGAAAAUUCCAGCUGGAGAUUAAAGUACCAGAAACUUACCCCUUUAACCCGCCCAAGGUGCGAUUCAUUACAAAAAUCUGGCAUCCCAACAUCUCCUCCGUCACCGGAGCCAUCUGCCUCGAUAUCCUCAAGGAGAAUUGGGCAGCGGCAAUGACACUGAGAACAGUUCUACUCUCACUGCAGGCCCUCCUGUCUGCAGCAGAGCCAGAUGAUCCACAAGAUGCUGUCGUGGCGUCGCAGUAUAAAGACAAUUAUGAAAUGUUCGUCCUCACUGCAAGACACUGGACGAGUGCUUAUGCAAAUGGUCCUCUUCAUUUUCUCGAACUGGAUGCAAAAAUACAGAGACUCAAAGACAUGGGGAUUGAGGAGAAUGAAGCCCGGGCGGCACUCUCCAGAUACAACUGGGACAUUGAGAGGGCAACACAAAAUUUAUUUAGUUAGUUUUUUGUAAAAAAAAAUGAAAAAUCCCCCGUCGUCUCUAUUUUCUUACACACCUUACACCCACACACACACACACAAUAAACUCCCUUUAGCAUUCUAAAAUACAACACUUGGCGUCUUUUUUUUUUAAUUAACGAAAAUUCUCUUUUUAACUCUUUUUUUUUAAUAAAUAUUUAUUUUUUGCAAAUUUCAGUAAAAUUUGAAUCUCUAAUGAAAGUUAAAACAGAAUUAAAAGAUUUGUACAGGAUAAACAAACACCUUUUAGAGACGAAAAAUAGAGAGAAAAUUUUGCUGUAAUAAUUUUUCUUCCUUUAUUAGUUUGAAAGCUGUGGCUUUUGCAAAAAAAAAAAACAUUUUUGCCAAAAUUUUGCAUUUUCACCCUUCUCAAACAAAAUUCUUUCUUCCUUCCUUCUAAUUUUUCAACAACCAUUCCGGAAUGCAAAGUGAGAAAAACAACAAGGAAAAAAUUAUUUGAGGAAAGAAAACUUAAGAUUAAAGUGUAAUAAAAUGUUAAAAUCCGCA